CAGCAGGAUUUAACGUCCGGGUAAGAAACUCAUUCACUCCCAUGUCUUCGCCUUCCGUCAACAACUCGUUUGAUUAAAGGAAGUGUGCAAAGGAUGUUUAGACAUACACGAAUCAAGACUUUGGGCGACAGGUCGAAAGACGUCAAGAGAAGACCCAGAUUCCAGGAGUUCCCUCCUCAGUUCAUUGCUGGAUUAGAGCUGCUGAACAGGUAUGAGGAGAACUGGGAAAUCCUCCAUAGAAGAACCAAGGACUGUGCUCAGAAUGCAGAGGCUCUGGAUGGGGAUGUGGUUAUGCUGUCAGCUCACUGGGAGAGGAGGAGAACAGCAAUGUCACAGAUGCAGGAGCAGAUCCAGGGUCUACCAGGCUUCGUUGACCAAUUGGAGACGGCUUCAGGAAGGAUAGCACAUUUAGAAGCAGACUUUGAAGAAAUGGAGAGCAGGCUUGCCUACCUUGACACCCUGUGUUCUCAAUGUGACCAGCAGAGAUUUAAACAACAUCACAUUAACCAGCUGGAGAAAUAUAAGAAAAAGAAAAGAAAAGAGCUGGAGGCCCUGAAAGAGGAGCUGGACUCGGACCACGCCCGGAAGGUGGCCGAGCUGGAGCAGGCGGCGCAGCUCAAGCUGAAGGAGCAGCAGAGGAUCCACGAGGAGGCGUUCAAACACGACAUGCAGCGCUACCUGUCCACGGGGUACCUGCAGCUCCAGGAGGAGGUCAGCGGCGGCCAUGUUUGUGCUCUGGAUCAGCUGCUGGUGACGGACACCUCGGACCUGGAGGCCCUCGACGACUUCCUCAACUCCAGCGCCAACGAGGCCCACAGCAGCACAUCCUCCCUGACCUCCGGACCAGACGUUGAUUCCUGGUCUUCAGAGUCUCUGAGGGCCUCCACCGGCCACGCCCAUCCUGCCAAUGAGCCGGAUGAGGAGUCCAGGCUCAGCGAGGAGUUGGCCAGCGAGGGCAGCAGCGUCCCUCCGGUCCAAUCGGACGAGGAGGACAUCCCUCUGGUCCAAUCAGACGAGGAGGACAUUCAGGCAGACACAUUGUUGGCCGUUCUGCCAGAGGAUGGUUUGCCAAGGAGCUCUGAUGAAAGUGACUCUGGUGGUGAUCCAACCACCGGGUAGGGUACUGGAGACCCAAGCAACGUAAAGGUUUUUCCGUGUGUGGGUCUGCUGCCCGCUACAGACUGGAAUCCCUCAAAGAGGAAAAUCAUGCUAGGCUGAAGGUACACUGAUUGAAAGCCUCUAAAGAAAACGCUUGCAUCCUUAAGUGCAGUAUAAACGAGAAAACACUGUUAACAAGCAUUAACGUUUGUAGUUAUUCUGUUUAGAUGUGGCCAUUUUGCAAGCAUUUCAACAUUUUGUCGCUGUACGCCAUAUCAGUUGAUUUCUGGUCUUGGAAAUCCAAGCUAAAUAUUUUACGUACCACCUGCUAUUGCUCUCUAUCCAGAGCAUGGAGGAUAUGGAGCUCUGCUUAUCUGAGAUGUAUGGCUGUUUUAUUAUUAAAUAACUAUUCAAUAACCCCUGAUGCUGUGUGUGUGUGUGUGUGUGUUUGAGAGAGGUUCAGAAAAUAAACUGCCGAUAAUAUUUACGUUUAUGUUGUAACCAGCUUGUGCUUGCCUAGUGCCAGCAGAAAAUAGCUUUUUCUAUUACCAUAGCAAAACAUAUGGUCAGUUAUCGACUCUCGGGAUAAGCAAAUGAUAAUUACAUAAUCCACAUAUUUAUAAAAUGUCUUCCCAUAUGUAUGCUGUAGCACCAUUAAAAGCACAUGACCAAAA